UUGAUUUAUUUAAAAUUUCUACAAGAAAGGUUUUAGAAAACAGAUUAACAGAUGUACAUCUUUGAAUGCCAGCACAUAUGAGGUAAUUUGUUGGGGAUAUUUUCACAUGAUAUGUUUAUUAUUGAAUGGCACAUAUAUACAAGGUGUAAUUUGGACAUGCUACAAACAAGAAGAAGAAAAACAAAAAAGUUAGAGCAUCAAGCUCAGACUUCAUUCAUUAGGGUUUACAUUCACUGUAGGGGUGGUAUUGGUUUCCUCCAGACAUGAUGCUUGGCAUUCAGGCCAAAUACUUCCAUGUUUGUUUCAUCUGACCAGGAAAUUCUGUUUUUCGUGAUCUGAGAGUCCGUAACACGCCUUUUGGUAAAAUUGAGGUGUGUUGCCAUGUGCUUAUUUGGACCUUCAUACUGCAUAAAUGUUUCUGUACACUUCCCUACAAUCCUCUCUCAGAGACAUACAAACAGUUCCUUGGACUUCAUGGCUUGGUUUGUGCUCUGUCACCUAUGCGACCUGAUAUAAACCGGUGUGUGCCUUUCCAAAUCCUGUCCAAUCAACUGAAUUUAUCAAAGGUAUACAAAUAUUUGACAGAUGAUCAGACGUAACAGGAAGCAUCUGAGCUCAAUUUCGAGUGUCAUAGAAAAAGCUGUGAAUAGUUAUGUAUAUGUUAUAGUUUUGGUUUUCUUUGUAAUAAAUUAGCAAGAAUUUCAAGCAAACAUUUUCCCUUUGUCACUCUGGUGUAUUGUGUGUAGUGUUUUGAGAUGAAAAUGAACUGAAUGAGGCUGUAAAAUGAUAAAAUGUGAGACAAAGCACUGUUAUUAUGUUCAGAACAGACUGUUGGAAAGAGAAGUGCCUCUUUAUUUAUGGUGACCAGGCUUAGGAGACAGAGGUAUCUGUAGACGGUUACUCUGCUUAUUCACAUUUCAGAAAUGCUCCAGUGCGAUAAAACAAAGCGAGUAAAUUGACCAUUCUUCCAUCAACCAUAUUUACUUAGGCUGCCUCUACACUCUGAAUGUUUAUAGUCUGGUAAGAUGUAGUUAGAAGGAAUUACUAGAAGCUAAUGUCUUGCUGUAGUUCCAGGAUGCACGUGUUUCUAUUAUUAUUAUUGCCUUUCACGCUGUUGCAGCUACUGUAUAUGAUGAGCCUUUGACAACUGAAAAACAUAAACACGCACUUACAACGAGCGUAUGGUGAAUCUACUGUGAUCUGUGACUGAACCUUCCCUGCAUCGACACAAUCAUCACUACCAGCCAACUAAUGUGACGAAAUCUGAGUACCCCACCUGGUGGUAUGCACCGAGCAUGACAAGCUCGGAGUUAAUCAGCCUUAGAUUACAAACGAAUCUCUGCACAGACCAGCAGCAGGAGAAGAGUAGCAAAAAAACAAAACAAAAAGGAAAAAAAUGCCAAUUGAAAAGCUGAGAAACUUGAAACUGCAAAUAUAAAAAUAAUAAUUAAAAAAAAAAACUCUCCGGGAACAUUAUUCACGCUUAAGCAACCGUGUUCUCCCUUGUUUUUGUCUCGCUCGCCAUAAAUUGUUCAGCCAAUUAAACAUGUGUGAAUGGCAAAUGGUGUUUCACGUGUGUAGGUGUUCUGACAUUAAGAUGGAAGUAAAAAUUAUACAACCGGUGUGUAGGAUUGUGCUGCUCUUGACCCAUCAGCCAGAGUGAAGUUCUAGCAGACAAAGAGCUGAAGAGAAACCGAAAGUUACGAACAAUGAAACGUGUUCAGUGCAGCCGCUGUCUGUACUUUUUAUGCUGUCUUGUUAUUAUUUUAGAUUUCUGUUCUUCUCCCGCUCCUCGUGAACUCAGCCGUCGCUCCCUUCACUAUUCCUGUCCACUUGUCAAUAAAUCAGCACUCGACCAACGCACAGGUCAUCGCUGUCCACAGACAUGCAGAUGGUCUCUUGGAAGACUGCACAUGAGCAUGACUGAGGAGGGUGGAAAGCCCUCUCUGCUCUCUGUCCGAACAGAACGAUUUAAGCGUAAUUUAUUGUCCCCAAAUGUGUCCGUGUGCAUUCACGUCUCCGUUUGGACAGCGAACUGACAGCUGAUGGUGAAGCUGCUCCGACUUUCAGAGGUAGAGGUGACGUGACGGUUGAUAAUUUGGAAAAGCCUGUCCUUCAACUUACCGGGAAAACGUGUACGAAUUUGAUUGGAUCAAAGUUUAAACCGCGUGUGGACUGUACUUUAAUAAAAGUGGAUGCAAACACGCGAUACGUGCAUUUUAUAUCAUGUUUUAAAGUUGUAACUCGCCAUUAUGAUAAUAUUUACAUAUGUAUAAUUAUUAUUUUUUAGUUAUGUUGUUAAGUGUUCAUAUUUCUGUUUACAGUUUACCCGGAACUGCAGAAGGGGUGACCUGAGGAAGCAAAAAAAAAAAAAAAAAAAAAAAAAAAGAAUGAACGAAUGAAUGGAGUUGAAUGGAGUGACAAGGAAAUGUCCUUCUUCCGAAUUUUAUGUUAUAUUAUCGCUGUUUUUAUUUCUGGAGCCUUUGACAAAGGCCAGACAGCAGUGAUCCAAACACAGCAGACUGUGCUGGCAGCAGUGGGAGAAGAUGCUGAAUUCAGCUGUCAGCUCUUGGAGACUAAAGAUGUCCUUCAGGUCACAUGGCAGAAAAUCUCCCAUGAUGUGGAGACAAAUGUUGCCACCUACAACAAGUACUUUGGUCCAAGAGUGAAUGAUGGCUUUACAGAUAAAUUUAAGUUUAAACAUACUGGACUACAGAACUGCUCCAUAGUCAUCAGGAAUGUAAUGCAGCAGGAUGAAGGAUGCUAUCACUGUCUGUUUAACACUUAUCCUGAAGGCUCCUUCACAGGUACACCCUGCCUCCAUGUCUAUGAGCUGCAUGAACCUGUUGUUGAUGUCAGAGAGUCAAACUCUACUGAAGAGUGGGUUGUUUCCUGUUCAGCCACUGGUCGACCUGCUCCCACUGUAACACUCAGUGUCUCACAACAACACCUCAACUUCUCACAGUACAACACUGUCAGUGUGUCCAACACCAACGCUACAUUCACUGUCACCACUACAGCUGUGCUCUCAGGUUCACGUAAACACAGCACACAGGUGGGAUGUGCAGCACGAGUGCUCUCUGCUCCUCACAGAGACGUGAUGGUGACGAUUCAUUAUAAUGGUGAUGAUGAUGAUGGUUUGGAUAAGAAGUCAGCAUCUAAUCACAGACAAUUAGGAGCCAGGAUUUCAGUCAUUCUGUCCUCUCUAUUGUUGGUGGCCUGUGUUACUGCACUCUUUUUUUUCGGGUAUAGAAAAAGAAGAGUGUAGUGAAAGGGGCAGACAACCGCAGACCAGAAACCUCAGAGCAGAAUUGGAUCAUUUUCAAUCAAAUGAGGUGACAUUCAGCGCAGAAGGCAAGCGCCUCCUAAGAAGUAUCUUUCUUGAAUACAAUGGUGCUAUUUUACAAUGUUUAUUUCAGUACUUUGUUCUGUUUAUUUAUUCUUUGUUUUUCUUUGAUACAAGGAAAAUGGUGCUGUUUAUAAAAAGUCUUGUCUUGGUCUUUUGUUAGAUAUUUAAACAUUAAGUUACUUGAAAUGAGAACUGUGAAAAUGAGCAGGAGUGACUAACAUCAAACCUUUCUCAUCAAUAACUUCGAUUGCUAAAUUGAUUUUAGUAAUGAAAUUGAUACUAAUGCAAAUAACUACAAUGAAAACUGCACUGUGCCUUUGUAAAUGUCAACACAUUUCCACCUGAAAUCACAGAAAAUGGCAGCUGGAGGUCUCUGUUUGUUCACUGUAAACAUGUUGAGCUCAAUUUAUCACUACUUCUAUUGUUAAAAAACCAACACAUACAUGUGUUCAGUUACCCAGACCAGAAAUAUUUGUCACCUUAGUAAUGUAAGACCAUCCUGGUGCUGGUCAAGUAUUGUUUUAAUACAUUGCACUGCUUAUCAAAAAGUGUAAAGAGA